ACUGACUGUCACCCGCAAAGAUUUGACAAUAUUCGUCAUCCAGCAGUGGAGAAAAAAUUAAAAAAAUAUAGUUUUUAUUAUUGUGCAAAAAAUUCGUUAAAUAUUCCACUGUUUUCUAUAAUAAAAUAACAAAACUAAAAUUAAACUAGAUAAAUUAAUAGUAAAAGGAGUAAAAAAUAACUAAAUAUAACAAUAAAACGUGCAAAAGAACACACCUUAAAAAUUGUUUGCAAAAGUACAAGCACCUUACAACAGCCGCAGCAGCAGAAUAAAAAGAAAAAACAAAGUAAAAUAAGUAGAAGAACACCAUGGAUAGCAAAGGACGCAAUGUUAUCGUUUGCGAUAAUGGUACCGGUUUCGUUAAAUGUGGCUAUGCCGGUAGCAAUUUCCCCGCCCACAUAUUUCCCUCCAUGGUUGGCAGGCCAAUCAUAAGGGCUGUUAAUAAAAUUGGCGAUAUUGAAGUCAAGGAUUUACACGUUGAUGAUUUAAUGGUUGGCGAUGAAGCAUCACAAUUACGUUCACUACUCGAAGUAUCCUAUCCCAUGGAAAAUGGUGUUGUACGAAAUUGGGAAGAUAUGUGUCAUGUAUGGGAUUAUACGUUUGGCCCCAAGAAAAUGAAUAUUGAUCCAACAAAUACUAAAAUAUUGCUCACAGAACCACCAAUGAAUCCUUUGAAAAAUCGUGAGAAAAUGAUAGAGGUUAUGUUUGAGAAAUACGGAUUUGAUUCAACCUACAUUGCUAUACAAGCGGUUUUAACUUUAUAUGCUCAAGGUCUAAUAUCGGGUGUUGUUAUCGAUUCGGGUGAUGGUGUUACACACAUAUGUCCGGUCUAUGAAGAAUUUGCACUGCCACAUUUAACAAGACGUUUAGAUAUUGCUGGUCGUGAUAUAACACGUUAUUUAAUUAAGUUACUUUUACUACGUGGUUACGCUUUUAAUCAUUCCGCUGAUUUUGAAACAGUACGUAUGAUGAAGGAAAAACUCUGCUACAUUGGCUAUAACAUUGAAAUGGAACAGAGAUUAGCACUGGAGACUACGGUACUCGUAGAAUCGUAUACCUUACCCGAUGGACGUGUGAUAAAGGUGGGCGGUGAACGUUUCGAAGCACCCGAAGCACUCUUCCAACCGCAUUUGAUAAAUGUAGAAGGUCAAGGUAUUGCUGAAUUAGUAUUUAAUACUAUACAAGCGGCAGAUAUUGAUAUGAGACCAGAACUAUAUAAACAUAUUGUACUGUCUGGUGGUUCAACUAUGUAUCCCGGUCUACCAUCACGUUUAGAACGUGAAAUUAAACAAUUAUAUUUGGAAAGAGUAUUGAAAAAUGACAUAGAUAAAUUGGCGAAAUUCAAAAUUCGCAUUGAAGAUCCACCCAGAAGAAAGGAUAUGGUUUUCAUUGGUGGCGCUGUUUUAGCAGAAGUUACUAAAGAUCGUGACGCAUUUUGGAUGUCCAAGCAGGAGUAUCAAGAACAGGGUCUUAAAGUAUUACAAAAACUACAAAAAGUUACUGCUUGAAAAAGAAUUUAAUUCUUUUGUAACAGCUUUAAAAAAACUGACAAGUCUAAACGGGCAUUCAGAUAUAAUUAUAUGUUUUAAUGCCAGUUCUUUUUUACAUAUAUAAAACCAUACCAACAACAAACAUCGUCAUUAAAGUAAAUGUAAAGCUAAAUGCUAAAGAAAAAAACUUUCCAAAUCUUCCAAUGAAAAGAUAAUUAGACUACUUUACUCUAUUCUUAUUCCCCCCUAAGUCGUUGUUAUACUUUUCUAUUAAACAAUCAUGUUUUUUCUUUCUUUUACCCUCCUCUCCUCUCUGUAUAUCCUUCAAUAUAUAAUUGUUUUUUAAUUCCUUAACAAUUUGCAUUUAUGUAAGUUUUUUAUCUUCUUUAUUUUCCGUAACCAAAUAAUUUCUGCCUUCUAUUGUUUGUGUUAAUAUAUAAAUAUUUUUUUAAACUAAU